AUCAAGAACUCUCGCAUGGUCGUUUGUGAUGAUGGCUUGGCCCAGUUGAAAGCAUACAAGUAUCAGUCAGGGAGAAGCACCGUCUUUGGCUUACCUGUUCGCAGCUGUGGCACUUUUCUUGUAUCAAACUCUGGAUGCCAUCGAUGGAAA